GGAUGUUUAGUAUUGAUUGUUUUUUGUGUGCAGCGAUACAAAUUUGCAAGAUUCGUCUUGCAAAUAUGUGGAAUUGUGGGUCUGUUGGUAUAGAAGUGCAAUUUAGAAAAUCCGUCUUGUAAAUUUGCAGAUCUUGAUGAUCAAUCAAGUUUUUCACUUUUGCGACUAUUCAUCAAUGGAGCUCCGUCAAGUACGAUGCAAAGACAUCUAAAAUUAUCCAGGAUCAGUUCAGAAGCGAUGCCAAUAAUUUAGAGGUGUUUAAUUCUUGUAUUAAGAAUUUAGAUCUUUUAAGGGAUGAUUAAAAGUGCCGAAUGACUAUUAUUAUUUUAUGAAAUCACCCCCUCCCUAUUCCAUUGAAAAAAGAAAAAAAAUAUUGUUAUUUACUGUAUUUUCUCAUUUUUUUCCUCCAAUUUCAUAUCCCCUUCGAUUCACUAAACAAAGAGAAAAUCCUAAAACAUCUGACAACUUUGCAAUUUCUGAGUUACAAAAUGCAGAAAAUGAUCAUCAAUUUACCAGAAGAGCUGUUGCACCAAAUAAUCAUCAGAUUGCCAGUAAAAUCUCUUCUUCGAUUCAGGUGUGUUUGUAAAUCAUGGUGUUCUCUAAUUAGCUCUUCAAAUUUCAUUCUUUCACAACUUCAUCAUAAUCAAAUUGAUGAGAACUAUGAUGUACUUUUUAGGAAAUAUUUAUUGGAUUUAAAGGAGGAAAUUUAUAGCAUACAUACUGAUAAUGAAGAAUUUCAGGAAAUUGAAACCCUUGAUUUCCAUUUUAAGAGUUCUUCUGAUUAUUUCUUGAUUAUUGGUUGUGUUAAUGGUUUAAUUUGUUUGUGGGAUGAAACACCCAAUACCCUGAUGUUAUGGAACCCUUCAAUUAGAAAAUACUACACUCUUCCAGUGUAUAAAAGAAGUGAUAGAAUCGGAUUUCCUCGGUCUGUUGUUCGUGAUAUGUGUUUCGGGUUUGGGUAUGAUGCUUUGUCGAAUGACUACAAAGUAGUAAGGAUUAUUUUCUAUAACAUGAUGUUAGAUGACAAUACUAUUGCUUUGAGAACUUUAGUUGUUGCUUUUUCUCUUAGAAGAAAAUUGUGGAGGAGGGUUAAAUAUGUUGCUCCUUUGUGUUUGUACUCUCGUUCGUGUAAUGUGGGUGGUUUUGUGUAUCGGUUGACACAAAUCGAUAACUAUGGGUUCGAGAUUGUGUCCUUUGAUUUGAGUGCUGAGAAGUUUGCGGAAUUAGCGUGUCCUGAAGGUGUUAAGUCUGUUAUUCGGUGUAAGACUGAGUUAACGAUUUUUCGUGACUCUCUUGCACUACUCCAUGAGUGGGAUUACAAGAGAUAUCAUAUUUGGGUUAUGAAAGAAAAUGGUGUGGAUAAGUCUUGGAUGAAGCUAUUCUCAGUAGACCUUGAUGGAGGUGUACCAGGGCAACGUAUAGUUGGGUUUAGUAUGAAAGGGCUGAUGCUAGUGGUUGGGGAAGGUAGCUUGUUAGUUUCAUCUGUCACGGAGGAUGUUGAAGUUGUGAAAUAUGUGCCUCCUGAACCUGAAUCUGCUUGGCAUGUGGAGUCGUACAAAGAGAGUUUAGUCCUAUUCAACGAGCGUGAUAGUCGACCCUUUUAAACAGCAAGCCUUGGCAAUGGAAUGCAGGUGACAACCGUGAAGAAGUUUGCAUAACAUUGAUUGAUUUGUACAUAAGUUGUGAAAUACGUGUCUUCUGGACUUCAACGAGCAUGGCAUGAUAUGUAGAAUCGUACAAAGAGAGCUUAGCUCUAUAUCUGGAGGGUGAUGAUCUAACCUUGUCACCACCAAAGUUUGACUAUGCUGAGCUGCUUGGAAGAAGAGAGCGGCUAUGGUUUUGUGAGGAAAGCAAAUGAUAUGAAUUUAAGAGUAAGGGCGCCAGGUCUGGAAAGGGAGCUACUACAGCCAAUCAAUCAAUCAAUCAAAGCCUUAAUCCCAUAAGUGGGGUUGGCUACAUGAACCAAAUUUGAUUAUUCUGUGUGGUCAUCCACAAAAAUCUUCCUCCUCCAUCCCUUACGAUCCAAUACUUCAUCCUCAUGCAAAUCCAUAUGCUUCAUAUCUUUCUUAACUCCUUCCAACCAGUCAUUUUCGGUCUCCCUCUCCAGGGAGCUACUACAGCCAUUUAAAACAAAUUAGAAUUGUGACUUUCUUGGCCGCAAGCUGGUUCUUGGUUCUUUUAUUCUGGUUUUCUAAACUGUAAUAGAUCAGCUACAUGCUUGGCUAGGUGAGCUUCGUUUGGUUUGUCAAGUUGACUGCAAGCUUCCGUUAGCUUCUCUUAAAGUAUGCUGUUGGUCUGGUCCUCUUUUGGCGGAUUUGGAUUGAAGUACUAUAUUUCAUCUUCUUUUAUUUCUUCUGGUGGUUAGGGAGAGCGGAAUCUGGAUAUUGUGAUAUAUAAGGUCAUUCUUCUCCCUCGUCUAGUAGAACAAAGGCGUUCAAUAUAUGUGGCCAUGUGGGUGCUUUCCAGCCAACCAAGAGGUGUCAUAAUAUGGACGAAGAACAUCAUGCUUAAUACAUCGAAGCACAUGAUCACAAACAUUUGUAUUUCCACCAUGGCUGACACCAAGGCCAUCAACGGUACAAAGUCUAUACCGUUGGAAGAAAAUCAAUCUACCCUCCCUUGUUGUGCCAGUGCUUGGUGAGUAAUCUGAUCUGAUUUAAAACAGUUUAUCGGCCAUGACUCAGCCGCCCUGUAGCCACCUCAGGUCUGGUAGCAGGGAAUGAGCUCAUAAUUUCGAUAUCAUCAGAAUGCUAAUAAUUUGUUCAGUGCAUGUAUAAUCUGCAUUAUCACAUAUUCUUCACUGUACAAUUAGUCAUAUAUGUAAUUAAUAAAUACUACCUUUGUUUUAAAAUAGACUUUCACAUUUGCCAA